AUGAAGAAUAUUGUCCUUGAAACCUAUAGCGGGAAAGCUGAUCCCAAGGAGCACCUGUUAUAUUUCAAUACAAAGAUGGUGAUCAGUGCCGCUUCCGACGCUGUGAAGUGCAAGAUGUUUCCAGCUACGUUCAAAGGCACAGCCAUGGUGUGGUUUACCACGCUACCCCGAGGAUCCAUUACUAAUUUCCGUGACUUCUCAUCAAAAUUCCUUGUUCAGUUUUCCGCCAGUAAAACCAAGCAAGUAACAAUCGAAGAUCUCUACAACGUCCGCCAAUCUGAGGGUGAGACUCUGAAGCAGUACGUAAAACGAUUCAGCGCGGAAUCAGUAAAAAUUGAGGAGUCAGAGCCGCACGCCUGUGCGCGUGCCUUCAAGAACGGGUUACAGCCGGGAAAGCUGAAUAGCAAGUUGAGCCGCAAGCCGACUCGGUCCAUGGCGGAGAUUCGGACGCGAGCAAACACCUACAUUCUAGACGAGGAGGAUGAUGCUUUCAAGCGAAGGCGCGCAAAAAAUGAGAAAGACGGCGAACAGGAGGACGCUUCGCCAGAAGAGAAACGGAGUAAGGAGAGAGGAGAGGGCAGCAAAAAGCGAGACAGGAAGGUGAGGACAGGAGAGAAGGCUGCGAAUGAGCCGUUGUACCCCAAGAGGGAAAAUUUUGAGCGCCGCAAACCGUGGCAUCAAGCUGACCCUCGCCGGCGAGAAGAGUCAGGGAUGAUUCUAAAUGCACAUUUGACGGAGUUGCUUCGAGAGGUCAAGGCAACCCACGCGGUUGAGGAAGGCAAGAAAGAGGCCGACCCGCCCCGAACGACGUUGGAUAAAACGAAGUGGUGCGAGUAUCACCGCUCAGCGGGCCAUGACACGGGAGAUUGCUUUACCUUGAAGAACGAGAUUGAGAGGCUCAUUCGAGCGGGACGAUCGCAGAUGAACGACCGUGGCGAUUGGUGGAAUGGAGAACGACAGCAAGGGAACCGGUACAAAGGGGGUCGUCAGCAGGAUGACCGCAGGCGAGACAAACGCCGACGUACGCCAACCGCUGACAAAAAGGAAACACUGGCAACAAGGAAGAAGGGGGCGGAAGAAACCUUUAAUAAAGACCUUGAGCCGCCAGUUGGGACAAUAAACACAAUCGCGGGUGGCUUCGGCGGGGGCAGAGACACAGCGUCGGCAAGGCGAAGGCACGUGAGAGCAGUGACGUCAGUGCAACAGUAUGAAACUCCAUUCGGUUUCCAGCAUCCAGACAUUGUGAUAUCGUCGGAAGAUUUCGAAGGGAUCAAGACACACAAAGACGAUCCCGUGGUUGUGAUGAUAAGGAUUAACAGUUUCAAUGUGCGGCGGGUUCUUUUGGACCAAGGAAGCUCCGCUGAUAUCAUCUACGGCGAUGCUUUUGAUCAAUUAGGAUUGACGGACAAAGAUUUGAUGCCCUAUACAGGAACGUUGGUAGGCUUCUCGGGCGAGCAAGUUUGGGUACGCGGAUAUGUAGAUCUGGACACAGUCUUUGGUAUCGACGAUAACGCCAAGCUACUCUGUGUAAGGUAUCUUGUGUUGCAGGUUGUGGCAUCCUACAAUGUCAUCAUUGGACGGAACACACUCAAUCGCCUCUGUGCAGUAAUUUCGACGGCACACCUGGCGGUGAAAUAUCCGCUGAUGAGUGGAAAAGUGGGAAAGAUUGUAGUUGAUCAAAGGAGGGCGAGAGAAUGUUACAACAACUGUCUCAGCCUGUAUGGAAAGAAAGGAACUGGCAAGGGACACAUGUGUCAUGAGGUUGAGGUCGUCCAAGGUAAUCAGGGCAGGCAAGAGGAAUCGAAGCAGGGGGUUGACAGGAAGAUAGCAAGAUCAGGGAGCAACCAAGGACAGGACAGGAUAGAUGGCAGGACGGGAAGGGCCAGACAGUUCACAGAUGCUCACGCAGAGAAGCGUUGGGUGAGUGUGAUCGCAGACUUAGAGGCAUAUAAAUUCAGUAGGGGGUGUUGGCGAUCGAGCCCAGGCUCACGGUUAGUCAAGAGGGAUGCUUAG